CUUUCCGCACUCAAAUAUACUCAAUAAUAUCACUAUCAGCAGCAUAGCCAUGGCGACACGCGGCAGCAAAGGAAAAGGCACAUCUGGCUCAGAUUCGGCAGGAGUAUCGCCAGCCUACUAUCAAGAACUCAAGGAGACCUUUCAACUUUAUGACACUGAACACAGGGGAGUUCUAUCGACCAAGAAACUGCGUCUUGCGAUGAGAACCCUUGGCUUUGAGGCUACGAUGGAUGAGAUCGAGGAAAUCGUACAGGAGAUGCCGUCUCUCAGCGUACAUCAGACCAAGAAGAGACCAAAGAACAAGCAACGAGCAAUGAAUGGCAAGGGCACGCAGGAUAGGGCAUCACUUAAGAGUGCGGUCAAGGAGUCCGAGUCGUCUGUAUCAGCGUCGGCAGCGGGUGCACGACGGAGCUCUAGGACAGCUGCAGUGGCAUCACGAUCUGGACAGAAGAAAUAUGCGGAUUCUGACGAUGAGUCGAGUGGUGAUGAUGAGGACGCGUACGAAGACGAACGUGAAGGGGCCGCCGCAGAGGAAGAAGAGGAUACGGAUGACAACUACGACGGGCAGCUUUAUUUCACAUUGAAGGACUUUAUUACAAUCAUGUCUCCAAACGAGGAGCAACAUGCUCAGGACGAGGUCUCUCGAGUCUUUCAGUUGUUUGAUACUCAAGGAAAGGGUUCCAUCCGCAUUGAGGAUUUGAGACGGGUAGCCACAGAACUGAACAUCCCAUUGAAAGACGAGGAGCUGCGGGAGAUGAUCGAGGAAGCCGAUAGGGACGGCACCGGCGGGGUCAAAGAGCAGGAGUUCGCAAAGAUCAUGAAGAAGACCGGUUUUUGAGGGAUGUCUAACCAAGCAUGGAUAAUAAAAAUGUCUUUGCACUGCUAUUUGUUGUUGAACAUGGGCCUUGUUCUUACGAUAGGCGUGCUUUUUUGUUUGGCUUCGAUGGUUGCGACCAAUGCUUUGUCUUGGCAUGGUUAAAAAACAGCUGCGGGAAGGGACAGAAAAUUAUUCUUUCC